AGUUUCACCGCCGUCUGGUUACUGAUUCUCUUUACCAUCGACCGCGUUUUCACAAUCUUUGACCCCAUUCGAUAUCGUGGAGACUUAUAUUUAAGGAUCACAUGGAUCGGAAUUUUUGUCGUUUUUUCUGCAGGCUUCUUUCUUUUCUCUCCUCAGCUGAUUUAUCGGGGCCUGAAGUAUGAAUACGGAGAGGAGGAGAAUGAGACAUGUGUAUUGCUUGAUCCAAGGCUACCUGGUGUAAAUUAUCUGUUAUUUGUGCAAGUGAUUUGUACUCUUGUCUCUCCAAUUCUAAUCAUUUUUGUGCUCAACAUACUGAUCAUAGUCAAGCUGCGUCAAGCAAAGCAAAGUCAACUUCUUUUGCGCUACGGUCAACCAAAACUUUACCAGGUAUCUACAAAACCAGCUACUGCUCCUAUCUCUCUUGGUCUAAAUUGCACGGAAACUAAGGUCACUAGUCUUGGUAUCAAUGGGUCUACAUCGGGCACAACUGCUAUAGAGAUGUCGCGAAUCAUGGGCAAUCUAGGCCUAACUGUGAUCUUUCUUUUCCUAAGCAUUCCAUUGGCUGUAGUAGUUGUUGUCCGUCAAAACUCAGAUAGCAUGGGCUACUCCAUCACGUAUCAAGCAUAUCACAAGCGACUGGUAGACUUAUCUCGCUUCUUCAGUUCCUUCAAGUCAUUGAGAUACAUUAUCGACUUUUGGAUCUACUUAUUAUUUAUCCUCCGAUUUCGACAGACUAUGAUACGUUUGUUCUCAUCCCAAUCCAAGGAAUCUUGUAGAAGGUCAAAGCUGAUGUCCAAACUUUGCUUUUGCUGCUUCUCAUCCAUGCCAAAAAGGAGGACAUCGUUAUCUACUAAGAGAUUCUCCAGCAUACAGGACAGAGAAACUAAGUACAGUCAAACACAAUCUCAGUUUUCAAGAUUUAAACAAGAACUACAGAAUAAGAAUUCAGCCAGCAUCUUCAGACCACUUAAAAAAACUAAUUGGACAAGAAGUAGCAUUGCUGAUAAAAACCAGAUCAUAUCUUCCGAAACUAGCAAGUUGGUAUUACCCGAUUCACUGGAACGCCAGCAGGUCGCUAAUCCUAACUGCCUUUCGGAAAACAUAUCUUCAAAGCAAAUCGUUAGUGGCCCUUCCUCUUGUACCAGACCAGUGGAGCCGGUUGUGUGCAAUUCCCAUAGCAGCUUGUCAAAUCCCUCAUCUUUGUGUAUUCGGGACUGGAGCUCUCUAGAGUAUGUGGACCAGAGUGAUUCAUUAGUAGAAAACUUUGGACAUUCGAUGAAAAGUGAUCUAAGAAGUCAACCAAAGUGCUUGGAAGAAGAGGUUGAUCUCAACAUUCCAUAA